AUGAACAAAGCUAUCAUUAGCUUGAAAAAGCAGUUGCGCAAAGACAUGGCCUCCCGCCUAGGCUCAAUUGGCACGGCCGAGCUUAAGAAGCAAUCCGAAUCAGUGAGACAAAAGUUACAAGAGAUGGAUGUGUUUCGUGCUAGUAAAAAUGUCAGUAUUUAUAUCAGUAUGCCAGAUAGCGAGAUUAUCACCACAGACAUUAUUCAUGAUUUGCUCAAAUCUGAUAAAAGGUGUUUUAUUCCUCGCUGCACAAAGAACAAUAUGGACAUGGUCGAAAUUCUUGACAUUGAGGAUUUUGAAUCACUUCCAUUGAAUAAGUGGAAUAUACCUGAACCCCCUCUUGACCAGCCUCGAUCUGAUGCAAUCGAUGAUAAUUAUGGCAACGGAUUAGACCUCAUUCUGGUCCCAGGUGUAGCAUUUGACAAGGAACGAAAUAGAAUUGGGCAUGGAAAAGGCUACUACGAUCGCUACAUCAAAAAGUGCAACAUUUGGGCAGAUGAACAUGGCAUUGACCGACCUAAAACGAUUGCUUUAUCCUUGAAUGAGCAGAUUAUGAAUGUGGGGGACAUUCCGCUCGAGGAGACAGAUGAGAAACUAGACUUUGUUUUGACACCUUCAACUAUAUUUUGA